UUUAAUUCAUUUUUUACUUUGUUUCGCGUGCAGUAGGGCCAGACACUGAUUGGGUAAUGGGCGGUGGAGGAUCCAUGAGGACGGUAUCCAAACUCGCCGGCAUCGGCGUCGCUAGGUCAGGCUUCAGAGGAACAUCGGCUCCGUACCCGGUCGAACACUCGGUUCGCAACGCAUCGCAAACGUCAUCGCCAACCAGGCUUUCAACGCAGGGAGCGAAAGGCGCUGAGGUGAAGCCACUGCAUACGGCGGUGUCUGGGGAUUUGUCUGACUGGGAAUUCGCCGAUGAAGGCGAUCUGUUCAUGACCGGCGGAGAGCCUACGCCAAGAGUGGUGUUCGGCGAUGUCCCGACCUUUAAGGAAGCGCAGGAAGCAACCGCUGAAUUGAAGGAAGCUAUUGAUCAAAUUUACCUUUCAUCUGGUAAUUCUCAAUGUGAGGGUUCAUCUCCUGGUAGUGAAGUCUCUGUUGUGUCUCCUGCUGCUAAGGAAAUAGGGACAAAAUCUUGUCUUGUUGAGGCUAUUUCAAGUCCUUCAGUGCCCAAGCAUGCCAUUCAUGCUUUUCAAUUGCUCAGCACAAGUCCUGAGGCCCAGACUGUUGUGCAAUCUAUUGCCUGUGACCCUAAUAUCUGGAGUGCUGUCAUGCAAAACCCUGCAGUCACUAGUUUCUUCCAAUCUCAGCUAGCAGCAGUGGAGUCAUCAAAUGAUGCUAUUUUUGCUGGUUCUGAAACUGUAGAAACUCCUGAAAAAGAGGAGGGAAAAGCCUUUGAUUUUAUGAGUAUUCUGCAGAAUUUGAAGCUUACCGUUACUGAAAUGGUAAGCAGAAUGUCCAAUUUCUUUCAUAACAUAUUCCCAACAGCUGAGAAAGACAAAUCUUCAACCGAUGGUGGUUUCAUGGAUUAUAAAAAUUUGAUGGGAGGAAGUUUCAUGGGAUUGGCAGUUAUGGUCAUAAUGGUUGUACUAAUGAAGAGAGUUUAAACAUUCACUAGGAAAAACUACUAUCUGUCGAGUUUUCUUGUCGUUUUAAAUGCUUGUAUAUGUGAAAUACAUUUGAAGCAACAACUUAUGAAAUUUGGAGCUAGUACUCCUUUGUGUA